AUGUGGAUCUUGGAGAAUUUAGAGGCCUUUGAUGGCCGAAAGUUGUGGUUGCGACCAGGGAAAACAUACCUAUUUGGCCGAACAGCUGCAGAACCCGGUCAACUUGCGAUAUCACACAAUACCAUCUCACGCAAGCACUUGACAAUCACCGUCAGCCCUGUCGAGAAAGGCGAGGCACACAAUCCAAGGAGCCGCUCUACGCUUACGAUCGAAGAUUUGGCGACAAAAAUAGGUACAGUCGUCAAUGGAGAAAAGAUCAAAGGCAAGAGAAAGGUGGUUGAAGGGGACAAGGCUUUGUUUACGAUGGGAAAAUGCCCAAACAAAUUCAGAUUCGAGCAGCUUGAUAUCAAGCUUGUAACAGAAUAUGCUGAUUCGACUACACAUGUUGUCUCAAAGAAGCGAAAUACGGCCAAGGGACUUCAAGCGUUAAUCAACGGAAAACACAUCGUGACGGAGACUUUCCUCGAUGCAGUGGCUGAAGCCGGAAAUUUGGCGGAUGGGGCGGACGCCACUGAUUUGAGCCCUCUGGAGCAGGACUUUGAUCAAAACUGGCCUGAUGCGAUGCAGCAUUUGCCUCCGCGGGGUGGCGAGCCUGUACAGCACCCUGACUCGAUGUACGCCCCGGAUGCAGGGAGACGCGACAUAUUCGAAGGCUACAGCUUCAUCUUCUACGACCAAGUACAGUAUAACAACUUGCUGGCGCCUAUUACGAGUGGCGGUGGCAAAGCGUUGCUGCGGAAUGUUGUUGCCGAAGAAACUUCAGUUGAUGAUUUUGUUCAAUAUGUCAAAAGUGUCGCUGGUGAAAAGGGCCUCGGUGCCUUUAAUGAUGGCAGCGAGGGCAAAGGUGUGGUAGUAGUGCGAUUCGUCCCGUCAAGGGGAGGCUCGGUUGAUUGGUAUAUUGAGUUUUUCAGGUCUGUAUCUCUGAGACUGGACCAUCGCCCCAUUGAACAGAGUGAGUUUCUGGAAGCAAUUCUCAUCAAAGAUGCGAGUAUACUUCGACGGCCUCUUGAGGUUGAGUCCGCACAUAAUACACAACACCAACAUCAGACUCUUCAAGAUCAUGAGGUGGCCAAUGGGACACAGCACCCUGCCACACAGGCUGAAACGUCACAGGCAGCCGAAGAGUCACAGCUUGCACCUCGACGUGGGCGAACGAGGAGAACUGUCAAGAGACGCUUCGCAGGCUUCGGUGGCGAUGACGACGUGGACAUGGACGAUACUCCUGUAGUAGCGGGGCCUAUGCAUCAACCCACAACCCGUGCUGCGACUCAGAAUGCGGCACAAGCGCCAGCAGAGGAAGAAGGACUAUUCGUGUCCCAGGAGCCAGAUGCACCACCAGAAACGCAACCAUCCAGUAAUGCCAGGGCCUCACAAAGGAAAAGGCGAGCUUCGUCAUUACCUCAAGAUGACCUCAUGGAUGGUAUGACAACUGCAGCAGAGAGGUUCAAGCGUCAGCGGAUAGAGCGAGGUGAAGACUUGGAGGAGCCAGCUGAGCAGAUGGAAACUGAAACAGCCGAGAAGGUCCCAGAGCAAAAGAAGAAGAUCAAGAAAGAGUUUGAUGUCUUAGCGAUAGCUGCACAAAACAGAGAGCAGGAAGAGGCUCGCGCACGAGCUGAAAAGGAAGAUUUGGCAAAUCUACCUGAUGAUGUUGAUCUCGCUGAGAUUCGCAGACUCAACAUCGUGGAGGAAAUAGAAGUACGACAACCCAGCCAUGCUCGUACUCGAGAACAAGACAUCCGUGACGGAAGAUGGGAUCCCAAGUGGAAUGGGAUGAAGAACUUCAAAAGGUUUAGGCAACGGGGAGAGGCGACGGGACGACAACCUGCAAAGACUAUUGUGCCUCUAACGCAGGUCAAGACGAAGGAGUUCGGCGUUGGAGACGAUUACUGGCUCGAGGAUGAGGAAACGGAGCGGAGGAAGAGGAACUCAAGUCAGGCUCCUGGAACAGAGUCGCAGCCCCCCGCGCCUACAGUACCCUCAGCUUCAUCCCGUGCCCAGAAAAGGGCAUACGCUAAUGUCAUUUCUGACAGCAGCGAUGAGGAGAGCAACCAGGUCUCGCAACGAUCCUCAACACCAGCGACUCGAACAAGAGGGGCACAAACCGCAGCUUCACAAACGCAGUCGCAAGCUAAAUCAAAGAGUCAAGCAUCACGGAACACUAGUCAGGGAAGUAAACGAGCUGCAGCAGAGCCUGCUGCUGGACAGCAGCCUCCGAAGCGGAGUCGGCCAACGAGGAGAGCUGUGGAAAUCGCGGAUAGUGACAGUGAUGAUGAGCUCAAGUUUCGAUUUGGAAAGAGACGGUGA